AUGUUUCUCUCUUUUUAUCAUUCUAUACUUUCUUCUGUCAUUAUGUAUUUCCUUUCUUCAUUAAUCCUCAUAUUACACUUGUCUUCAUUUUCUUUCCUUAGUUUCUUUCUUAUGUAUCGAUUUGAAUUUCGCCGUCACUUUCCUUCCUUCAUUCAUUAUUACUUUCUUCCUUCUUUCCUUCAUUCAGUCAUUCAUUCAUUCGUUUCUUGCUUCCACCAUUCUUUUCGUUUUAUUCCUUCCCUCCUUCUACUCUGCAUGUCACACACUCGUUCGUCCCUACCCCAAUUACUAUUAGCAAUUAUUUUCUUUUUUUUACCUUUUCGACAGUCUCCUCAUUUACAUUUAUUUUCCUUUUCUUUUGGCUUAACAUUUGUUCACUCUUUCUUUUGUUCUUUAUUUUCUCGUUAUUUCUUUCUUUUUUCGUUAUUUUCUUAUUUUUUUUAUUUUGGAACUUCAAGUGUGUAUGUCUUGAAAUUCGUAAUUUCUUUUUGUUUCCUGAUCUUUUCAUUUUUCUUCUCACCUGUUAUAUUUUCUCUUUCUUUCACCUAUUCUGCUUUUGCCCCUGGUUUUGUCCUUUCUCUCUUUUGGAACUCUAUUUCUUUUUCCUCCAUCUUUCUUUCUAUUAUUCUUUCUUUCUUUCUUUCUUUCUUUCUGUAUAUUGUGAGUGAUUCGGGAUUAGUCCUUUCUUUCUUUUCAAGAUUAUACACAGACACAUACAUACACAUCUCCUUUUUUCAAAAUGGUUCGUUGACUUUCAAUAUCUUUUUCUAUCAUUUGUCUGUCUUUCCCACUCGUCUUCUUUCUUUCUUUCUUUCUUUCUUUCUUUCUAUCUAUCUAUCUGAUUUAGUGUCCCGGUUAUCCGCGCAUAUCUAUCUAUCUAUCUAUCUAUCUAUCUAUCUAUCUAUCUAUCUAUCUAAUCAAAAUCUGUUCAUAUCUAUCCAUCUCGUCUUGCUCUUCCUUCAUUUUUCCUGGUGUUAUCAUUACUUGUUCUACACUAUCUUUUCAUUCAUUCCUUUUUCAAUUCUAGGUAAUCUCAUAUCUAUCUAUCUAUCUAUCUAUCUAUCUAUCUAUCUAUCUAUCUAA